CAGCUCCACUCCACCGGGACAUUAAUGCAUAUAUCUUUGUUUUCCAGUCAGUAUAUUUUUUUUGCCUAAAUUGUCUCUUCAAUCCAUCACUAGGUUUCCUUCAACUCCCUUUGAUUUGAUUUCCUUCCACCAAACCUCAAAUAGUCAAAUCCCACAAACACGGACUGAUUGAGACUGCCUGGAAAUCUUCCCAUACUGACCGGAAUCCAGAUCAUCUAUGUAGACUUGAAUAAUAUUCGGUGUGGUUGACAUCGGAGAGUUGCGGGAAUGGAUGAGAUUGGGGGAGAGGUAGCUGGAGUGAGAGGAGGAGUGUGAAGUCUAGGGUUUUGCAUUGGGGGCCCUUUGAUCGGAGAAAGGGCCCUGUGAGUGAGUGAGUCAGUCAGUUCAUUCCGGUCAGAAAUGAAGGAGCUGAUAGGUAGACCAGGGUCGGUUAGUGGGUUACUCCUUAGAAUCGGCCAAUUUGGGUUUGCUGCUGCCGCCAUCGGAGUCAUGGUCUCCGCCGAUCGCUUCGCCACAUUCACCGCCUUCUGCUAUUUGAUUGCGUCAAUGGGGCUUCAAGUGCUAUGGAGCUUUGGCCUUGCUUGUCUUGAUAUUUAUGCUUUGAGGAGAAAGAGAGACCUCCAAAAUCCAAUCCUAGUUAGCCUAUUUGUUGUCGGUGAUUGGGUAACAGCUACUCUAUCACUGGCUGCUGCAAGUGCUUCAGCAGGAAUAGUAAUUCUUUAUGCAAAAGACACAAAUUUCUGCACGUCACAAUGGGAUAUACCAUGCCGGAAGUUCCAGAUUUCAGUGGCUUUUGCUUUCCUUACCUGGGCCUUCAUUGCCGUAUCUUCUCAUGUGAUGUUUUGGAUCCUAUUAGCUUCAGUUUAGAGAUUCUUGUUUUUUCUUUUUCUUUUUCUUUUUGUGGCCUGCUGUUGAUAACUUGACAUACAUGUAAGUUACAGCAUUCAUUUGUUUUCAAUGUAAAUGAAAAAAUUUCUGUAACAUGCCUCAUCUUUUCUGGGGAAAUUUACAGACUGACUAUAGGUAUUCGAGUCUUUUUCUUUUGUCUAGUCAUGUUGCUUCCGACCUGCAUCAUAUUUUGAUCAACUUUAUGUCA